AGAACUCCAGUGGCAUUUUAUCUCUCCUCUACGACAAGAUCUGCAGCUGCUUCACCAUCAUGUGAUCCACAUGUGUCCUGCAGCUGCAGCCUCAGCCUCAGAUCUCCAGCCGCUGCCCUCAGCUACAAGGGGGAACCUCCGGAGACUCCUCCUCCUCUUUCCCUCUGGCCGAGUAGUCAGUGCCUGCAGCUGAGCUUAGCUCUUUCUCCUCUCCUCUUUGUAAUACCAGCAAGUUCAGGACACCCAGGCUUUGGUCCAGCUGGUGAUGAGAUGGGGACUGGCCAGUCUAUGUGCUUUCCAGCCAUCUCGGGCCCCCACCACGUUGGCUGCACAGAUGUGAUGGUGGGUCAGAGUCUGGAGGGGAGCCUCUUCCGACUCUUCUACCCCUGCCAAGCAUCAGAGACAAAGUGUGAGCAGCCCCUGUGGAUUCCCCGCUAUGAGUACUGCUUGGGCCUGGCUGACUACCUGCAGUAUAACAAGCGCUGGGUUGGGUCGCUGUUCAACCUGGGUAUCGGAUCUUGUCGCUUGCCUGUUAGCUGGAAUGGCCCCUUUAAGACAAAGGAAUCUGGAUACCCCUUGAUCAUCUUGUCCCAUGGCCUAGGAGGCUUCAGGGCAUUGUACUCAGCCUUCAGCAUGGAGCUGGCCUCCCGUGGCUUUGUGGUUGCUGUCCUGGAGCACAGGGACCAGUCAGCUUCGACCACCUACUUCUGCAAGCAGACCCCACAAGAGAGCCAGCACACUGAAUCCCUGGAGGAGGAAUGGAUCCCCUUCCGUCGAAUCAAGGAGGGGGAGAAGGAAUUCCACGUUAGGAAUCCCCAGGUGCACCAGCGGGUUGGAGAGUGUGUGCGGGCACUGCGGAUCCUGCAGGACGCCUCUGAGGGGAAGCCCGUCCUCAAUGUCUUUCCUGGUGGAUUGGACCUGGUAACCUUGAAGGACGGCAUCGACAUGAGCCGGGUGGCUGUGAUGGGACACUCGUUUGGAGGCGCUACAGCCGUUCUUGCUUUGGCCCAGGAGGUCCAGUUUCGGUGUGCUGUGGCCCUGGAUGCUUGGAUGUUCCCUCUGGAGCAUGACUUCUACCCCAAGGCCAGGGGCCCUGUGUUCUUUGUCAAUGCUGAGAAAUUCCAGACUGUGGAGACCAUCAACUUGAUGAAAAAGAUAUGUGCCCAGCACGAACAGUCCAGGAUUGUGACUGUCCUGGGAGCUGUUCAUCGGAGUCAAACUGAUUUUGCCUUUGUGACCGGCAACCUGAUUGCUAAAUUCUUUUCCAGUCACACUCGUGGGACCUUGGACCCUUACGAAGGUCAGGAGGUUAUGGUGCGGGCCAUUUUGGCCUUCCUGCAGAAGCACCUUGAAACCAAACAUGGAAGGAUUAUGACCAAUAUCAUAAGUCACAGACCAGCUAAAUGGCAAAGCCUUUUGAGGUCCCUGGUGUUAUCACUACCCAGAGCUUUUCUGACGGACAAGCAAGCGUGCUUUUCCACUGGGAAUUUGGAUGUUUGAGGUGAUCGUCUCAGUGUUGGUGAGAUAGCUCUGAGGGUAGAUGGUGCUUGUGGCACCAGCCUGAAGACCUGAGCUCAAUCCCUGGAACCCACACAAAGGUGGAAGGAGAAAACCAACUCCACAGAGUUGUCUUCUGACCCCCCCCACACACACUCUUCAUGGUGUGUGCACACGUGUGCACGCACACAAUACAGAUAUUGCAAAAAGAAAGUUAAUGGUCUAACUAAACUUUUUUGGACCACAAAGACUAGAAUUUUCGUUUACCUCAAGGGGAAAAAAAGUGAGCUGGGUGGUGGUGGCACACACCUUUAAUCUCAGCAUUCAGGAGACAAAAGCAAGUAGAUCUCUGUGAGUUCCAGGUCAGCCUGGUUGACACAGCUAGUUCUAGGACAGUCAGGGCCAUUACACAGAGAAACCCUGUCUUGCAAAACAAAUAAGCAAACAAAAACAAAAAACAAAGAAAGAAACCCGGAAGUUUGUUUAUGAGGUGUACCUGGACCCAGUGGGUGACAGAGUCAAGGGACCAUUGCAGUAUGGAUGUGUUUGUUUUGUUUUGUUUUUCUCUGCUCCACAGGCUCAGUGUGUGUCUUCCUGUUUCCUUGUCUUCCUCUGCUUCUUUCAUUCUUUCUAUGCUUUUUUUUUUUCAUACCCUGGAGUGUCUGUCUGUUCAAUCUCUGCUUCCUCAGAACUUGGUUUAGCCUGUGCCAGCGGUGGCCAGUCCUCUCUCCUGUGGGUUCACAGCUUUUGUACUCACAGCUGUAUUGGGGGGCGGGUAACUUUGGGGGCAGUGACCUCAUUUUAUUUGCUUGUGUAUUUACUAUGAUUAUUUCUUAACACUAGAUUCCCAAGAGAGGUUCUUGGUUGUACCUACCAAAAUGCAUUGUGGGUCACUGUCCAGCCUAGAGCUUUCAUGAUCACAUGUCCCUUUCACUGCAGUCCAUGUGGAAGAGAAGCACCCCGAGCCUCAGGAAGCUGACCCCUCACUUUCAUCAGGAGGCAGCCAGGCUUGCCUGAACCAGCCUCACAGCAAGAUCUGAUAUCUUACCCCUCAACACACGUACACACACACACACACACACACACACACACACACACACACACUCAGGCCAGAGAAGCCACAGGUAGCACACGGCAGCUCUUUAGAUAUCUAUAGUCACCUCUGAUAUCCUCUGUUCAUGGCCGUGGGACCUGCAGUGGUUCCUUGUUCAAUCCCCCACACACUCUAUUAUCACCUUUCUUUGGGUGCAGUUUGUCAGGGCCUCUUUUAAAGAGAGGUGCCCUGACUGGAACACACUACGCUAGACGUGGUCUGGGCAGCACCUGGCCCAGCAGGGCCCUCCCCUCUGUGCUCGGGACCUGGGUCUUCCCCUGCAUAGCCUGCGUGCAUUUGUGUUUCCCACAAUGUGUGCAACCCAUCUGGUUCGGGUUGUGCUAAUGUUUGUAAUAUGCCCGUCCUACUAAGAACACAUUGCUGCUACGAGCCAGAUUUGCAUGUCUGUUUACAUUUGCUCAUUUCACCUUGCAAAUUAUGAGUUUAGAAACUUGCAGGGCCUCACAGAGACGCAUCUUUUCUCCUGACGAAAAGGAGUGGUCCCACCUCCCAAGACUUGAGUGGUUCCUGCUCCCUGGUCCUCAGCUGCACCUCCUGUUUCCCCUAGGCACAUGUCCUUAUAGGAGCCCAAGAUUAAAGAUGACAGGGCAGGCUAUGAGUGGUGGCGCACACCUUUAAUCCCAGCAUCGGGGGGCAGAGGCAGGUAGGUCUCAGUGAAUUUGAGGCCAGCCUGGUCUACGUAGAGAGUUCUAGGCCAGCUAGGACUCUGUCUCAAAAGAAAAAGUUGAAGGUGACAAGGGAGCCCGCAGUGGUGUGACAGACAGUUAAAGGGAGAGACCAGCAGAGGAGGAGGUGUCAGGAGUCACGGCUGGAGGAAGCUUGCUGGACAUUUAGUCUGCUUAUGUCACCAGUGCUUGUCACGCUCAAUGCUCUAGAGUCAUUAUCUAUCGUGUCUGAUUCUGGAGAUGGCCCUUCCCAGUAGUUUUUUUUUUUUUUAUUUAGUAGCUUCAUUUUUUUCCAGAUGAAUAUAUUAAAGCUUAGAAAAGGUCAGUAGUCUGUAAUUGUUCAAGGUUAUCUGGUUCUGAUGACAAUGCCAGUGCUCGGUCUGACUGUAGCCCCACAGCCUGUGCCCCUUCAUUGGUGAGCCGCAGUGUCACGAUACACAACAGUGUCUUUUACUUCAGUCACACAGUGGCUGCCUAGGAGGACCCCGGGGUUAGACCUGACUGGAGUGAAGGGAGAGCAGCCAGGGAAGGGGCUGCCUACAGAAGGCGAUUCCCGCUUAGAUCUUGACUGAUGAAGAAAGGCCAUAGUGAGGGAAGGGACAGGGGUCUUCCCUGGUAGUGUGGGUAGUUCCCAUACAUCCCAAGCUCAGGACAGGGAGCUGUUGAAGAGGCAAGGGGAGAAGUGGGCAGAAGUCAGGAGCAGCGGCCCAUGGAUUUACUGAAGGGGGUUGGGAACCUGACACCUCAGUCUGUGAGGAGCCUGCUAUAGGUUGUAGGCAGGAGAAUGGCAUGGUUGGACAGGCUUGCGGUCUAGCUACAUGUAGAGGAUGGGUGAGUCAGAGAGUUGAGAACCAACAGUGUGGGUAGCAUGGAGGCUCUUGUGGUAACCCAGGGGUAGUGGGGGCUUUCGUGGUAACCCGGCUGAGAAGAGAGAAAGCAGAAUCUGAGUGAAGACGAUGUAUCUUUACCAACUGGCUUUACAAAGAAAGGAAGCAUUUAGGUGCCUUGUCACUGGGGGAACUAAAUGGGCCAGAGGUGGCUCAGCAUCACCUCACAGCUCCUGCCUAACGCCUCCAGAGCACAGGGGUGAUGCUGCCUUCCCAGUGAAAUCUCCUCUUUCUCCUCUCUGUCCCCACCUGCCCUCCUGGAAGGCCUCACUCCUGUUGUAAUUUAAGAAAAGCAGCGCUCGAGAGAAAGACAGGGUUCAGGCAGAGGUUUUUUUGUUUUUUGUUUUUUGUUUUUCCCUAAGGAAAAGGGGAACUGGAGAGAGGAGACUGAGACCAGCUCCAGAGGACAGACAGGGGCAGCAGGAGAGAGGAAAGAAGGGCAGG